AUGCGGCCACCGGCGCAUCGAACAAAGCUUCCACAGGGCUCACUGAGGCCUCCGACAACACGCUCCUCUGACCGUCCAUGUCCACGCCAGUUUUCGUACAAACACCCCCGCCAAUUCCUCGUCGCGCACCAAGGCUCGCCGCGGCCACAGCUACCGUUCUUGUACCCCUCCGGCCAGCACCUUUCCAAUGGCCAACUACAACGUCUCUUCUCCAUUAGCGCAAACCACAAGAAAUUCAUAAAAGAGACAGCAAAAUUGAGUGUGCGGUACAGCAUUCUCAUCUUUCUGCUCUCAUCAUGCGUCAGUAUUGCGAGUCUGGGCAUAUUGAGCGAGCAACAAGAGCGGGCCUUUCCGUCGCCCCAUGAGUGGAGUCUGAUCACGAGGUUCAGGUUCAGGAGAGGAAAGUGGUGGCAGGUGCCCGAGAACAACGAGGAAGAGGGAUUCCCCAACUGGGCGCGGGUUUACUCAGAGCUGGAAUAUGCGCUGAAUCGACUGGAGAACCCGGACAAGGAUGGAGCGGGCUUGAUGGACCAGGAGGAAGGAGGGAUACUAGUGCCCGGCCUAGGCAAGGCAGGCUUCGACUUGACAGCAAAAAGCGAGGAGUGGCGGCAAGGGUACUAUGAAGUCCUAAUGGGCAUGGGCAAUGCCGCGGAAAGACUAGACGGAUGGGUAACGGACAAGUGGAGGAGAAAUGUAUGGGCACCAGAGUUCAUUCAAUCACCCUCGAAUCCACGACCGAAGGCUGUUCUCCCUGGUAUGCCCGAGCCACCAGAUGAGGAGCAUCGCACACCCGCAGCGGAAGCGCCAGAGACGUUUUACCUCAAGAUAAUCACCUCAAAGGGUUUCACUACAUACCAACGGCUGUCAGCUGCAUUAAGCUACGCAGACUGGCUCAGCUUCAGAAAGCUUCCAGAUUCUGCGGAGGAGAUGUAUAGGUGGGCACUCGACAUCGCGAUUGCAGGCCUGCCGACAUCUGAGCCGUCGGCGGUUAUCGAUCGCGACAGUGGCAUUCUUUCGUCCAUAGCGCCGAGAGAAGCAAUAACACCAAACAUUGUCUAUGCCGCGACGAACUUGGCCACAUUCUUAGCAGAGCAACGAAGAGUCGCAUCUGCGCUUCCGAUAUUCAUAUCCUUGCUUCGUGCUCGCAUCGAAGCGGAGGAGGAGCGUGUCCCUCUGGCACAGGCCAAGAAAGACAACACACUUGCCGGCACUCUAUUCAGCUUGCUGCGCGAACCCGACUACCCAGAUGUGCCACCUUCUGGUGACGAACCACUUCUCCGGAAGGAAAGCGAUCGUUGCGAAGAGGCUGCCUUGAAGAACUACAUAGGCGAGAUUCUUUUUGCGACAGCUGGCAGCUCAUCUGGUCAGCGCCAACAAGGACUCUCUUGGGUGCGUGACGCUGUCUCUACUUCCAAGCUCGCGCAAUCCCUUGAACCUAUACGUGCAAACGACGACCUCCGCAAGAAGUGCGAAAAGUGCGAAGAAGUUGGUCUUGAGUCAUGGGGGAAGAUCAUGACAUACCUAGCUGCUGAGGCACGCGAAAAACGCGAUCACGCGAAGAGCGGGGGUCUGCAGGGACUAGUGUGGAAGGCCAAGGGUACGAAGGACUUGGAUGAGAAGGUAGAAGACUUGGAGGGUGAAGAAGAGGGCGUGAUACUUCGGUUGAACAAGCUCAGAAGCAAGAUGCUCAAGGAGGAGUACGCUGAGAUGGAUCGCAAGUACGCGCGAACCUUUGUAUUUUAG